CGUGGCGGAGGGAGGCGGUGGGUUUCUCAGAAAUAGACAAGUAUAACAACUGCGGUAGAUCACAACGGCGACGACGGCGGCGAGGGCGGCGGCCGCACCCGGGCCGGGGGGUGAAGUACGGCUCGGCUCGGCCCCGCGGCUCCGGGGUGAGCUAGUCGGACCCGCUGGACUGCGAACCGAGGGUGCUUCCCCUUCUAUGCCUCCUGGACUUCUAAUGUACAUUGCUUGCAACCAUGCAUUCCCUAGUGUUCCUGUGUGCCCGUCAGGUGAUCCAGGACCAGGUCUUUGCCUGCCAGGCCCUGGCAUUCCUGCCCCAGGAGCUGUAUGCAGUGCUAUUCAAGGCCGCCUUCUUAGACAGAAAAACAUUGGUGCUGCAGAAGCUGGUACAGAUGUGGCCUUUCCCUCUCCUGAGCUUCCACCAGCUGCUGCGGGAGAAUUCAGAUUGUCGUCGGAUUCCACUACAGGAAAGGCCAACAAAAGAGAGUGUUCAGGCUGUGAUCCUGGGGCUCUCUGCACGACUGAGGGAGCCACCCCCUCGCAGGAAGCUGCAGUUGCAGUUGUUGGACAUGACAGGAAUUCUGGAUUCUGGCUAUGAGGAAGACCUCACAACCAUGACCAUGUGGUCCCGUACUGUGUCUGUGAUCCAGACCUGCAUCAUGGGUCAGCUGAACAAAUCUUUACGACAGAGACGGCGGCGGGCCAAGCGCAGGAAGGCGGUCCCGCCCAUCUACACUCCGACCCCCAUAGAGGUUCGGGUGGAUCUCCGGGUGACCCACAGCUCCUAUGGCUUUCUGAAGGACACACUACAGACGAGUGCUUUCAGCCCUCUGCGCCUCUGCUGUCGAGAUUUCCGGGCUGAAGAGCUCCCUUUGAACAGCACUGUCGACAUGUUGGAGUUACUGGACCCCAUGCACUUGCGCCGAGUGGACCUGUGUUUCAACAGCCUCGAGUUAUCUGGCCUGUGUGAACUCAUGGCUUCGAUCGUGAAGUUCAACAACUUGCUGAGCCUGAAGCUUCAAUACAGCUAUGUGGACCUCUGGCAGCUCUCCUCUGAGGCAGAAGAGAGCUUCCGUUUGUUUAUCACAGAGCUUAACAAGUUGAACCGCCUCAGAGAACUCAAUUUGGGUUCCUCUUGCCUUUCUGGUCGGCUGGGUCAGUUGCUCAGUGCCCUGCAGGAUCCCCUGGAGAGCCUGGAAGUGGCCUUCUGCUAUCUCCUCCCCACAGACUUGAGGUACCUGGCCCAAAGCCCACACGGUCCCCACCUGAAGAAGUUGGAUCUCAGCGGGAACAACCUUUCAGGCGCCCUCCUGGGCCCCUUCCAGUCUGUGCUGAAGGCCGUCUGCGUCUCUCUGACGCUCCUGAAUGUGACUGAAUGUGAGCUUAUGGAUACCCACCUUCUUUCCACUCUUCCAAGCCUGUGCCGCUGUGUUCAUCUCCGCUACCUUGGUCUCUAUGGCAAUCCUCUCUCUACCUCUGGACUUAAAACCCUUUUGGUCCGGUCAGAGGUCCUGUCUGAGCUCCAGCUGGUCGUCUAUCCAUUCCCCGUGGACUGCUAUGAGAUUUUGCCGUGGCCACCCCCUGCUGCUAUCCUGCUGGAUGAGGAGAAGUUUGCCCACGUUCAGGCUGAAUUACGCCAGAUGCUCCUGUCAGCUGACCGCACUAAUGUGUUGUGGACCACGGAUGUCUACGGUCCCAACAUGCCUGACUACUUUAGCUUAUAACUGGUGGUCUGCUUGCCAGGGAUGGAGAGGACCUUGUGGCCAUCCAUCCUCCCUGGAUUGGAGAGGCUGUCACCGGUAGUUCCGGUGCUGAUUCUUAGGGGCCCACAAGGAGUCUUGAGGCCUUCUCUCCUGCUGCUUGUCAUCUUUAAAUACUAGGAAUUCCGGCUUGUCUAGCAGGGGCAUGGAGCUAACUUUCUAGUUUGGGGAUGGGAGGGUUUGGGGAGGGUAUUUCUGUUGGAGUGAUAUUUAUGAGAACCCACCAGGUUUAUGAAAACCUAGGUUACCUUCUAGUCUAUCAAAAGUGGGUCGGAGGGGCUUACGGGGUCCUAUCAAGGAUACCAGAUGAGCUAGGCCAGGUAUUCAGAAAAGGUUGUCCUGACAUGUGUCUGGUUUACUCUCUUAUACUCAUUCCAAGGGUGUGGAGAGAACCUUCAUCUUUUUCUACUUUAUAAGGCUUAUUCCUGUGUCCUCAGGACAUACUGGGCUGAUUUAACCCAGGUGAGCACUUAAAAGUCUUAUAGUGUUCAGUCAAUGGUUAAGUAUACCAAGGAGACUCAGGAGUUUUCCCUGGCCAGUUUGGAAUGCUGGUGUUAGGGUUUGCUUUCCGAGUCCCCAUGGAUCUAACUCUAGCCAUUCUGUGGGCUCCAUAUGCUUACUUUAGUUCUGAACCAUAAUGACAUUUUUGUGGAUAAAGGACUAAUAUUAUGAACAAGUAGCAUGAACUUGCUUAGCAUUCCCCCUUAAAUUCUGUGGGUGUUUGGGGAUAUUUGAAUUAACCGUUCAAAUCACCAGUGUUGUACCAGAAUAGAAAUCUCUAUCUUUAGAUUGUGAGGUCCCCCUGUGUUUUUUGAUGUCUUCUUUUUGAUAUAUAUUUCCUAUUGUAUCUUCUAGGUGAUUGUGUAAGAGCUGGAAUGUUCUCCAAAAGGCUCCUUUUUCCAGGAGUCUUUUCCCAGGUUUUUAUCUGAAUUCUUGUUCAUUUUAGGAGAAGAUGUCUAAAUUGUGGUCCAUAUUUAAGGUGGGUUCCCAUUGGGGAAAACUUUGCAUCACAUAGGAACUAGGUGUGAAUCCUUCUUCUUGACUGAAGUUAUCCUUAAAUGAGUGCCCUUUUUUUAUUUAAAAGGGGUUCUGUUCUGCCAGGGUGUUCCAGGGGGCCACUAGAGUUGAGGGUCGGGUUCUUGGAUUUCUUUAUAUUCUUCACAUAACACAUUACAAACAGCAACAUAUUAUACCUUUCCAAGUUAGAAAGCUUCAUUCUAAUAAAAUCCAAACAAGUUUCUUACUGUUUGGAUUUGAUUCUGCAGAGCCAGUAGCUUGGCCACCAUUUGGCAUAGAUCCAGAAGGCUUUGUUUUGCCGGAAAUUCUCCUUUGGUUGCUAUAGGGAGUGAUCUGUUUCUUGAAGGAACAUUAAUGCUUGGCAAGUAAAGUUAGGUAAAACCUGCAUCUCCUGCUGUUCUUUGAAGGGGGUGUAUUUUUAUUGCUUAUGCCUUCUACUUUUGCAUAUGUGUUGAAAACUCCUUGCCAGUUACAGCAUAUUGCCUGGGUGAAAACUAAGUGAUAAUACUAAAAGUAAGCCAGCUUGGAUUUUAUAUCCAGAAAGCAGUUCAGUGAUUAACAAUAAAAAUACAGUUAUACAUAUACACCUUUUCUUAGCAUGGUUCACAUUUUCUUUAGUUCCUAUUUUAAUCUCAAAAGCAUAGUUGUUAACUCUAGACAAGUGAGAAAUCUUGAAUGAUUUUGGAAUAAAUUAGUCUCCAAAUUAUUCCACUUCUAGGAUAACAGUGUACAUGUAAUUCACAUAAAGAGCAGAUGCAUCAGUUGGCAGAAUAUUUUCUUGUACUUUAAACUCCCACAUUGCAUACAAAACUUUUCAUACCUUUGGACACAUGUACACAUUUAAAAUUUACUUGAAUAAUUAUUUUUCAAACUAUUAAUUUGCCUGAAGAAAGGACUCAAAAAUAUUUGCUUCCUAUGCAGUUAUUUUUCAUUCUUUCAGAUGCUUAAAGUUCUCCCAGUACUUGUGAAAUGAACUCAGAAAUUAUCAGGUAAAUACUUCUUCCUCUAUCAGUUAAAAAACUAUCUUAUUACUCUUUAAUACAUUCAGGUAUAAUGAUUGGAUUUCUAGAAUGCCCGUGUUCAUCUAUCUGCUUCUUUUGUGCUGGGGUUAACACUAACAUUCUUAAGAUUAUAUCUCUACCCUUAUAAUCUGUGGCUAAUAUAGUACAUAUAGUCCUGCUGUUAGUUCAUUUUAAAUAUUUUUAGAAGGCAUCGUUUUUCUGAUUCUGAGUCUGAUUUCAGGGGAUUGACCUGAAUAAUUCUGCUGAAACUAAGAACCUCUCUAAUCUAAGGAAUAGAUCUAGGGUAGGAGUUUUUAACAUUUUGUGUCAUGGACCCUCUUGUUACUGAUGAAGCCCAUAGAUCCCUUUUCUGAAUAAUGUUUUUAAAUUCAGAGUAAAAUACAUAGAAUUACAAAGGAAACCAGUUAUAUUGAAAUGCAGUUAAAAUUUUUUUAAACAAGUUCAUAGAUCCCAGGUUAGGAUGUAGUUUAAAGGUGACAUUGGGCAACCAACUUGUAUCAUGGUUUAGUUAUGGAGAGUAGGGGUAAUAGAGUGUCUGCCAUUGUAACCUAGGAAAUCAUGUGUCUGAAUUCAUUGUAGUUUUUUUUUUUUUUUUAACCCAAGGGGUUCAUACUUUUUUGAUAGAUUUAAUUGAAUUGGACACUUACAUAACAUGACUCAGGUUAUUUUGGGAGCUUUGAAUUUUUUUAAGGAUCCACAUAAAAGGAAUUUUUUUAAUACCAACACUAGGUGGACUUUUAACACUUGGGUAAAUAUAAUUUUAUUUGCUUCAGAAGACUGUGUAUAUAGCUCAAGGUUAUCAAAGGGCAAAUCAGUAAGAAAGAGUUCUUCAUGCCUGACUUGAAAUAUGCUAACCUGAGAAUAGACUAGAAAUCCCAGUUCUCAACCAUUUUUUGGAUCAAAGGGUCAAACAUAAAAUUUUAGUUGGGAACCUUAGAAAUUGUCUUAGUCCAACCUCCUGAUGUUAUAAAUUAGGAAACUAAAACCUACAGAAGUUGCAGAGCUAGAGUUCAAAUUCUUAUUUUCUGAUCCCUAAUUCAUAUAUUUCUUAUGAUACUAUGCAGUCUAUUUUUCUUGUUCAGACAUAAUGGUGAUUUUUUCUCUUAGCUCUUGGUAUAGCUCUGGUGCCUUGAUAUGUGACUGUUGUGGAACAUUAUUAAUACAAUUGCUGGGGGUUCCGUGUAGGGUUUGGUGGGAGACAUAAUCAUGCUCAUUGGGUAAGAGAAUGCAGUACCCUCAGUCCUAGUAGCAAGAAAAGGUUUCUUGGGGGAGAGAGAUUGCUUUUUUUUUUUUUUUUUUAAUUUAAGGGACUCCCAGGGAAUAAAUAGGAAUAUAGAGCAGCUUUUUUCUACCAUACAGAGGAAGUGAAAGGAAAUGGGUGUUAAUUUUGAAGAUUUCAGGGAAGAUGGUGAGACAAAAAGUAAUGUGGGGUAUCUAGCUUAGAACAUGCCCUCAAUGAAAAAUGAAAAUGUUGAAAAUAAAUAUAACCAGAAUAUUUAAAAUCAACCUGAAUCUAAAAAAGAAAAUGAAAGUGGUUGGUGAAAACACAAUUUGAAAAUUCUGCAGUACAAGUAAUAAUGUCAAAGCACCAGGAACAUAUGAAGGUUGGGGAGCAGAACUCACUUGAUAACUAAUGGACAAGAGAGAUUGGAUAUAUGUUUUUAAGGACAUGAAAGGCCUAAUCUUAAAAGGAAAGAGGACAAAUUCAAGAAACUUUCCUGGAUAGUUCUGGAUCUUUAGCAGUAAAGACUAGGAUAAUCGGGAAUCAAAUUUGGCAUUGAAAAUAUGAAGGAUCAUUCAGAAUUAAAGUGAUAAAAGUCAGAUCCAGUUCUUGGAACAAGCAUUUCCAAGAUUAAAGUAGGGUUUAAAUGGACCUUGAACUUACUGUUAAGGGGUUUGUGGGUUUUAACUGGGCCUGGCUUAGGAUCAUCUAUGCUACAAAAUGUAGAAACAGCUGAAUAUAGAAAUAGUUUUCUGAGAAUUUAGACAAGUUUUCCAUAUCUGAAAACAAAACCAGUUUUAGAAAUUGAAGAAAUUCAUUAGCUUUUGUUGUUGAAGAAAUCGCACCAAAAGAUUCCAUGGCACAAAAAAGUGAAAUUCCCAAAAUCAGAUAAAGGGAGACUUCUCCAAGCAACAACAAAAAAAGAGUAUAGAUAAUGUGCUUCAGAAGUCUUAAGUGAAGUUUAAAGCUAUAAUAACAUGAAGCCUCUAGUGCUUUAGCAAUAUUUUAAAAUUUUUUGGCACAUCCUGUAUAAAAGAUUACAACCUCUAAUUAUGUACAGAUAUAAUAGGAGAUGAAAGAAAAGGCCUCCAAACAUCAUAAAACCAAAACAUAAAACAUGGGGUAAAAUCUGGGGGUAAAUAGAGUGCCAAAGAACUAAACAUCCUUUCUGAAGUCAGAAGAAUAUCCAUAUAAAUAAGUAAUACAGAAAUCAUUAUGAGAAGACCAUAUUCAUUUCGUCUCCAUAAGUUUUUGAAAUGUGUUGGGACAACAUCAACAUAUUUAAAGACAUAAUAUUAAACAAUUAAGACCAGGGAUGCGCUUUACAUUUGUUCAGUUAUUAGAUGAGGAAAUAGAUUUAAAUUUUACAAGUUCAUACAACAUAAAAUCAAACAUAAGCAAUAUAAUGUUUUUAUUUUUGAAAAGGAGAUAUCAGUGAAUUAUUUUGUGAAUUUAAGACAAUAAUACAGAAGGGAUAUGGAGAGGAAAGAGUAAACAAACUUCGGAACACAGCUCUAAGUCUCUAAAAGAAGGGGAGAAGAUGGGUCUACGGUCAUAUGAGUGUACACACCUAUGUAAAAUUAUAAUAAAUAAUACAGUUCCUUCUGAUUAGAAAAACCUCCUAAAAAAUUCAUUUCUAGUUUUCAACAAAAAUGGAUUUUUAAAAGGAUAAGAUAUGUCACAUAUUAUAGUUAGAACAGAAAGUAUUAACUCAAAUCCUAUAAAAGUUAUAUGUCAAUAACAUGUCUUCAUGAAACACUUAAAAAAUGAAACAGAUAAUAGUAGUUCACAUUUCUUUAAUGUCUUAAGACUUGAAGAGCUCUAUCUUCAUAAUCCCAUUUUACAGAUGAAUACAUUGAAGCCCAGAAAGUUGAAGUAUUUCAGAGUGCCCAGAGUCACAUAGGUAAUAAGUAUUCUGAUACGUUUAUUCAUUUAGAGUUAGAAAUUUUUACAUAAUGACAUAGCUAGUUCUGGCUAGUACUUGAACUCAUGCUUUAUGACUCCAAGACCAGUGUGCUUUUGAUGAUACCGUGUCACUUUAUAAAAAUCAGCAGUCUAUAUGCUAAUACAAGAAAAACAGGGCCAUCCAUUAAAAAUAGCAAAUUUAAUUUUUCUGAUUUGAACUCUGUUUUGAGAGAAGUAGGAAUGUUAUAUGUGAAAGGCAUAAUGAAUAACAAAAUGAAAAUGAUGAUGAAUAGACAUGCCUCAAUAAUAUAAUUUGUGGAAGAAAAAGCUACAGUUCUGCAGGAACAAAGAAUUAAUAUUUAUGGUGUCUCACAUCGUCAGAAAAUGACCAAAUAAGUAGAAAAAUCACAUACUUAACAAUGUAAAGAAAACACUAUUAUGUACUCUUCAGUACUAAUCAGUACUUUCAGUAGUAUCCAGCUUAAAUUCACUACCCCAUUUUAUAAAUGAAACUGAGAAAAAGAACAAGUUGUAGAACUUUAAAACAUCAGGUAAUACUGUGCAUAGUUAUAAUGUCACAGAAAUUAAGUAACAAAAAAGCCAGAUAGUUAUAUAAUUACAACAUCUAAAUUAACUCAGCAAGACAUUAAAAAAAAUUGAAAGGAUCAAUUCUUGAAAAAAUACUUAGGAAAUAAAAUCAGUUUUUUUUCCUAAACAUGGUAGUAUACUUUGCCUGUUUUCUUGUUUGUUUUUUGGGGGGCAAAGCAGAUAUAAUUGAGAACUGCAUGAAAUAGUGGAACACCUGCCUCAGAGUUAAGAAGUCUUGGGUUUUAGAGUCCUGCUUUUGACAGAUGAGAUAUUUGACCCUGGGUAGGUCAGUUAACUUCAGUGUUUUAGCCAGUUCUCUAAAACUGAGUUAUAGUGAAAGUGCUGGCUUUUUGGGAGAAGUUGUGUUAGUGAAAGCAGAGGUCCAGAUCUUAACCCCUGUGAUCUUAGUCUCAAAAUAAGAUGGAAGGCAUUUAAGCCAGACUUAACAUCAAAUUAAUCAAAUUAUUCACCAUGAUAAAAGGUUUAUUCAAAGUUUAGAAAUGUUCUUAAUUUAAAGUUAAGGAAAGAGACAAUAUUCCUUUUAUGUUUGUAGUUGUUCUGAUAUUGAACCAGCCCUGCAUUCCUGGUAUAAAUCCUUGUCAUAGUGUAUGAUGUUUGUGUUAUUGCUGUGGUCUCCCUGCUGGUAUUUAAAAUUUUUGUAUUAGUAGUCAAGUAUUAAUAGAAAAAACCAUUCCUAUUAAAAAUUGUAAGAAAAUGCCUGCUAGACAUUACUCUGUGACAAAGUACUAGAAAAACUAGCAGUUUAAAUAAAAUAUUAAAGAGAACUUGGAAAGGCAAACAUUGGAAAGGAAAAGAUCACUGAGUGAUAGCAUUUUUUUUCCAAUAUUUUAUUUUUUUCCAAAUACAUGUAAAAAUAGUUUUCAGCAUUCAUUUUUGUAAAACUUUUUGUUCUAAAUUUUUCCCCCUCUCCAAAAGAACAAGCAAUCUGUUAUAGGUUAAAUAUGUGUAGUCCUUUUAAACAUAAUUCCAUAUUUAUCAUGUGCAAGAAAAAUCAGACCAAAGAGGGGAAAAACAUGAGAAAGAAAAAAAAGGUGAAAAUGAUUAUGUUUUGAUCCUUAUUUAGUCUCCCUAGUUCUCUCUCUGGAUGUGGUAUUUUCCAUCCUAAGUCUAUUGGAAUUGCCUUGAAUUACUGCAUUGUUGAAAAGAACCAAGUCCAUCACAGGUAAUCAUCACCAAAUCUUGUUACUGUGCACAAUGUUCUAGUUCUGCUCAAUUCACCACUGAGUGAUGUAAACCUAGAAAAGUUAAGAGAUUUUAUUAAUGAUCAAAUUAGAGCAAAGUAAUAGGUUAUAGGAUAAAACAUAUCAAAAUUGUUCACAUUAUGUGGCAACAAUAACAGAAGAAUCAAUGAUCCCAUUUAGAUUACUGACAUAUAUGUGUGAAUAUUCACAAUAAUGAACAAAUGAAAAUUUUAUGUAGGAAACUAAAGCAAUGAGAAAAAUUUUAAAAAUAGGAAUCUUCCUUGUCUGGAGAUGGGGAGAAAAGUGGUGUUACUGACCCAAUUUAUAUGAAGAUUUAAUGUGAUGUUGAUGAUACUGCUAAUUUAUAUAGAGCUGAUUAGUAUGUUUUACUUGGAAAAUAAUGGGGCAAAUAAAUACACCCAUCAGAGGUUAUACUGGGCGGGGGGGGAUUUUAGGGGGGAGGAGUUCACAAAAGAAUCCUUAGAGUCAUUUUUUUAAAAGUCCCAAAUUAUUAAAGCUUGCACUUGUACAGAAAUCUACAUAAAAGGUUAACACAGAGUAAACACCUAUUUUAAUAGGGAAAGGAAUAAUUCAACAGUUGUUUUUGAGGAAAGUAAUAAAUAUGAAAGAAAACAAUUUCAGAUCCUUAUAUGAUACUCGGUGAUAUUGUCCAACUAGAUUGAUGAGCUACAUUUUUAAUCUCAUUUUUUACGUGGUUGAGAAGUACAUUAGCAUACUUGUCCUAAGUGUGGAGACGAAUUCUUGGUAAAAUAAUAGAUUAUUUGAAAUAAAGUUAUCAGGCUUGACUAUACACCAAAAACAUGUUAGUAUAUAUAAGGGUAAUGAUGAGAAAAAAUUUCAUCUUGAUUAUGUUAUGAAUUUAUAAUGGCAAUACCAAGUUCCUAUUGAGCAAAUGGCCAAAAGAUAUGUCUAGGCAGUUCACAUGACAGAAAUCCAACACCGUGUUUGAGAAAAAUGUAAAGAAGUCAGCAAUUCCAAGUUAAAGAUACAUAUAAUCAUUGUUCAAAUGUUUGAAAGAUGAGUUAGGAAGAUUGUUCUUUGGUUCUAGAGGAACCAGGAAAAAUUGAAGAAGUUUAGAGGCAGUAUAAACUUGAUUAAGAAAAAAGUCAACAAAUAGAAUUGUCCUGUUGUGGUCUUUAGUCUUGAUGGUAACUUGGACAUGUUCUCUUUAGUUAUGGUUAGAUACUCUCCAAAUUUCCUUCUGAUUAUGUGAUACUACCAAUGUGAUACACCAAUUUUGGGAAAACUUGGGAAUUAUGAAAACUCAGUGGUGGGAAUGGUAAGGGAACAGUGUUGUUGACCUUACAAAGGGAUUAUUAUAUUAUUUUUUUAAUUGUAGGCAAUCAGGGUUAAGUGACUUGCCAGUCACACAGCUACUCAAUGUUAAGCAUCUGAGGCUGGAUUUGAAAUCAGAUCCUCCCGACUCCAGGCCAGUGUUCUAUCCAUUGCUCUAUCUGGCUGCCCCAGAUUAUUCUUUCUGAAGUACAAAUUGGCAGUGCUUGGCAAGAAUUAUAAACUUGGCUAUAGUUGUGAUUCAAUGAGUCAUCCUAAUAUUGGGGAUCUCCACCCAAGGAAAUAUCUUUAAAAGAAAUGGUUAAAAAUUGUUUAAAGCUGUGUUAUUUGUAAUAAUGGAAAAACUGGAAAUGGUCUAAAUGCUCAACUGUUGAGGAAUGGGUGGGUUAGAGUCAGGGAGAAUAUGGCACACUAACAUUAAGGUGACUUUCCAUGCAGUAUAAUAAACACUAAGAAUAUGUGGAAGUGAAAGUACAAAAUGAGUAAUUUCAUUUGAAAAAAUCAAAACUGAAGUGCCAUUUAAAAAAUUGUAUUUUCAAGUCAAAUACCACAUUCAUAGAAGGAAUAUAGUUUAUGUGCAAGUGUGUAUAGAUAUGUUAAUAUAGAGAAUCCGAAGGAUCAGGAGAAAGCUGAUAAGUUGCCAUUGCUAUGUGCAUGUUUAAAUAUACUUUUUGUUGUUGUAAAAUUGAAAUAGAUGCCAAAUAAAAAUUUUUGAAAAAUACAA